AUGACAACGAAUCAAAGCGCAUCCAUCUUCAGUAGUGAUCUACAAACAUUCAUUGUUACCAAAUAUGAUCCAUUAUUGACAAUUGUGAAAGAACUAAAUGAUAAAUUGCAAAACUCCGAAAAAGACAAAUACCGCCUCGAGAAAAGACUCAUGAAACUGGAAAAGCAAGUAGUGAUUCUUCUGGAAAAGCUGGAAGUGACAGAUAUAGAAAUCGAGCGAGAUGUGAAAGAAAACAAAAUAGAAACAAAAAAAAGUCAACAAAUUGAAAAUGAAGAAAAUUUAUUAGCCCCGUGGUUAUUUUCAUGUCAAUUAGGAACUCCACUAUCUUCUUUACAAAUACUACUAGAAUUUUCUCAGAAAAAUACGAUAGAAUUAAAUGUGAAACUAUGGAAAAGAGAAGAAGAUAUGUGGAUAAACUUUUUAGAAAUUAUUUCAUCAUCCUAUAAAAAUUUCCUACCCGAUUCCUUAAAUUUAAUUGAUUUAAGAAAAGCCACGAGAAAAUGUUUGUUAACCAUAUGCACAAAUGAAGUCUUAGUAGUUUUGCGAAAUGUGCCGGGGAAAUCCCAAGCUAUCUACAACACAGCUACAAUGACUUUAGUUGCCAUUUUUGCUUCAGCCGUUUAUGAAGCAUGGAAAAGGAUUGAACUCACCGACCCUGUGUCUUUAGGGAGAGUUGUCCUUGUUUUGGAUGGAGAAGAUGUCGGGUCCAGAUUAAGGGCUGGAAAUAAGAAACUCAAAAUCGAACCUCUGAAUUAG